CUGGCUCUAAAAAUCGCAAAAGAUACUAGGAACAAAGAUCAAGAAGCUGCUAUAUAUAACAACCUUGGCAGCGCCUAUCAGUAUCUCAGUGAAUUCAAAAAAGCAAUCGAGUUUUAUCAGCUGGCUCUAAAAAUCGCAAAAGAUACUGGAAACAAAGAUGGAGAAGGAAGUAUAUAUAACAACCUUGGCGGUGCCUAUCAGUCUCUCAGUAAAUUCAAAAAAGCAAUCGAGUUUUAUCAGCUGGCUCUAAGAAUCGCAAAAGAUACUGGAAACAAAGAUCAAGAAAAAGCUAUAUAUAACAACCUUGGCGGUACCUAUCAAUCUCUCAGUGAAUUCCAAACAGCAAUCGAGUUUUAUCAGCUGGCUCUUAGAAUCGCAAAAGAUACUGGAAACAAAGAUGGAGAAGCAACUAUAUAUAACAACCUUGGCAGUGCCUAUAAGUCUCUCAGUGAAUUCAAAAAAGCAAUCGAGUUUUAUCAGCUGGCUCUAAGAAUCGCAAAAGAUACUGGAAACAAAAAUGGAGAAGGAAGUAUAUAUAACAACCUUGGCAGUGCCUAUCAGUCUCUCAGUGAAUUCAAAAAAGCAAUCGAGUUUCAUCAGCUGGCUCUAAGAAUCGCAAAAGAUACUAGGAACAAAGAUCAAGAAGCUGCUAUAUAUACCAACCUUGGCACUGCCUAUAAGUCUCUCAGUGAAUUCAAAAAAGCAAUCGAGUUUUCUCAGCUGGCUCUAAGAAUCUCAAAAGAUACUGGAAACAAAAAUGGAGAAGGAAGUAUAUAUAACAACCUUGGCAGUGCCUAUCAGUCUCUCAGUGAAUUCAAAAAAAAAAUCGAGUUUCAUCAGCUGGCUCUAAGAAUCAAAAAAGAUACUGGAAACAAAGAUCAAGAAGCAACUAUAUAUAACAACCUUGGCAGUGCCUAUCAGUCUCUCAGUGAAUUCAAAAAAGCAAUCGAGUUUUAUCAGCUGGCUCUAAGAAUCGCAAAAGAUACUGGAAACAAAAAUGGAGAAAGAAGUAUAUAUAACAACCUUGGCAGUGCCUAUAUGUCUCUCAGUGAAUUCAAAAAAGCAAUCGAGUUUUAUCAGCUGGCUCUAAGAAUCGCAAAAGAUACUGGAAACAAAGAUCGAGAAGCAACUAUAUAUAACAACCUUGGCAGUGCCUAUCAGUCUCUCAGUGAAUUCAAAAAAGCAAUCGCGUUUUAUCAGCUGGCUCUAAGAAUCGCAAAAGAUACUGGAAACAAAAAUGGAGAAGGAAGUAUAUAUAACAACCUUGGCCUCGCCUAUAAGUCUCGCAGUGAAUUCAAAAAAGCAAUCGAGUUUCAUCAGCUGGCUCUAAGAAUCGCAAAAGAUACUGGAAACAAAGAUCAAGAAGCAACUAUAUAUAACAACCUUGGCCUCGCCUAUAAGUCUCUCAGUGAAUUCAAUAAAGCAAUCGCGUUUUAUCAGCUGGCUCUAAGAAUCGCAAAAGAUACUGGAAACAAAGAUCAAGAAGCAACUGUAUAUAACAACCUUGGCACUGCCUAUGAGUCUCUCAGUGAAUUCAAAAAAGGAAUCGAGUUUCAUCAGCUGGCUCUAAGAAUCGUAAAAGAUACUGGAAACAAAGAUCAAGAGGCAACUAUAUAUAACAGCCUUGGCGGUGCCUAUCAGUAUCUCAGUGAAUUCAAAAAAGCAAUCGACUUUUAUCAGCUGGCUCUAAGAAUCGCAAAAGAUACUGGAAAUAAAGAUCAAGAAGCAACUAUAUAUAACAACCUUGGCACUGCCUAAAAGUCUCUCAGUGAAUUCAAAAAAGCAAUCGAGUUUUAUCAGUUCGCUCUAAUCGCAAAAGAUACUGGAAACAAAGAUCAAGAAGCAACUAUAAAUAACAACCUAGGCAGUGCCUAUCAGUCUCUCAGUGAAUUCCAAAAAGCAAUCGAGUUUUAUCAGCUGGCUCUAAAAAUCGCAAAAGAUACUGGAGACAAACAUGGAGAAGGAAGUAUAUAUAACAACCUUGGCAGUGCCUAUCAGUCUCUCAGUGAAUUCAAAAAAGCAAUCGAGUUUUAUCAGCUGGCUCUAAGAAUCGCAAAAGAUACUGGUAACAAAGAUCAAGAAGCAACUAUAUAUAACAACCUUGGCAGUGCCUAUCAGUAUCUCAGUGAAUUCAAAAAAGCAAUCGCGUUUUAUCAGCUGGCUCUAAGAAUCGCAAAAGAUACUGGAAACAAAAAAUGGAGAAGGAAGUAUAUAUAACAACCUUGGCCUCGCCUAUAAGUCUCGCAGUGAAUUCAAAAAAGCAAUCGAGUUUCAUCAGCUGGCUCUAAGAAUCGCAAAAGAUAUCGGAAACAAAGAUCAAGAAGCAACUAUAUAUAACAACCUUGGCCUCGCCUAUAAGUCUCUCAGUGAAUUCAAUAAAGCAAUUGCGUUUUAUCAGCUGGCUCUAAGAAUCGCAAAAGAUACUGGAAACAAAGAUCAAGAAGCAACUGUAUAUAACAACCUUGGCGGUGCCUAUCAGUCUCUCAGUGAAUUCAAAAAAGCAAUCAAGUUUUAUCAGCUGGCUCUAAGAAUCGCAAAAGAUACUGGAAACAAAGAUCAAGAAGCAACUGUAUAUAACAACCUUGGCACUGCCUAUGAGUCUCUCAGUGAAUUCAAAAAAGCAAUCGAGUUUCAUCAGCUGGCUCUAAGAAUCGCAAAAGAUACUGGAAACAAAGAUCGAGAAGCAACUAUAUAUAACAACCUUGGCAGUGCCUAUCAGUCUCUCAGUGAAUUCAAAAAAGCAAUCGCGUUUUAUCAGCUGGCUCUAAGAAUCGCAAAAGAUACUGGAAACAAAAAUGGAGAAGGAAGUAUAUAUAACAACCUUGGCCUCGCCUAUAAGUCUCGCAGUGAAUUCAAAAAAGCAAUCGAGUUUCAUCAGCUGGCUCUAAGAAUCGCAAAAGAUACUGGAAACAAAGAUCAAGAAGCAACUAUAUAUAACAACCUUGGCCUCGCCUAUAAGUCUCUCAGUGAAUUCAAUAAAGCAAUCGCGUUUUAUCAGCUGGCUCUAAGAAUCGCAAAAGAUACUGGAAACAAAGAUCAAGAAGCAACUGUAUAUAACAACCUUGGCACUGCCUAUGAGUCUCUCAGUGAAUUCAAAAAAGCAAUCGAGUUUUGUCAGCUGGCUCUAAGAAUCGCAAAAGAUACUGGAAACAAAGAUCAAGAAGCAACUGCAUAUAACAACCUAGGCAGUGCCUGUCAGUCUCUCAGUGAAUUCAAAAAAGCAAUCGAGUUCCAUCAGCUGGCUCUAAGAAUUGCAAAAGAUACUGGAAACAAAGAUGGAGAAGCAGCUAUAUAUAACAACCUUGGCACUGCCUAUCAGUCUCUCAGUGAAUUCCAAAAAGCAAACGAGUUUUAUCAGGUGGCUCUAAGAAUCGCAAAAGAUACUGGAAACAAAGACCAAGAAGGAACUAUAUAUAAUAACCUUGGCACUGCCUAUAAGUCUCUCAGUGAAUUGAAAAAAGUAAUCGAGUUCCAUCAGCUGGCUCUAAGAAUCGCAAAAGAUACCGGAAACAAAGAUCAUGAAGCAACUAUAUAUAACAACCUCGGGGACGCCUAUCAGUCUCUCAGGGAUUUGGAAAAAGCAAUCGAGUUUUAUCAGCUGGCUCUAACUAUCGCAAAAGAUACUGGAAACAAAGAUGGACAAAGAGCUUUAUAUAACAACCUUGGCAAUGUCCGUCAGUGUCUCGGUGAUUUGGAAAAGGCGAUGGAGCUUUAUCAGCUGAGUCUAAGAAUCGCAAAAGAUACUGGGAACAAAGAUGCAGAAGGAGCUAUAUAUAUCAAUCUCGGUAGUUUCUAUGUACAUCACUGUGAUUUCAAAAAAGCAAGGGAAUCUUGUCAGCUAGCCAGAAGUAUAGCAAUCGAGACUGGAAACAAAGAUGUAGAACAACUUGGAUAUUAUAGCCUUGGUCAUGUUCUUUGGCUUCUUGGCGACUACUCCAAAGCCGAGGAGUGUUUUAAAUCCUGUAUUGAACUGGUAGAGGAAAUGAGAGUCCUCCUUGAAGGAAACGACGAGUGGAAAAUCAGCUUUCGGAAUGGACGUGAUUGCGUUAGUCGUUUAGUGAGACUUCAAUUACAACAACGCACUGAACGUAAGACACUCGAGGUGCUUUUAACAGCUGAGAGGGGACGAGCAGAAGCUCUCGUGGACCUCUUGGAAUCGCAAUAUGGCGUCAGGAAAUCAAUCUGUUCGCUGUCGAAACAGCAGGCGGAACUUAUCAUUUUAAACCCUAUUUCGUCACCCACGUUAUAUCUAAUGAAUGAUACCCAGUCGGUGAAUAUCUGGAUGCUGUUAAAGGGGGGAAAGCUGUAUGGCUUUGUGCAAGGGAGAGUUAGCAGUUAUGACUUGACAUUAAUGACUUACCAAACAUACAAGCAGAUUGGUGUGAACAAAAGCUUGUGGAAAAAGAUUCGCUCCCGGAAAGAGAUUGAAGACCAGGGUGGUGCUUUAAAAGUAUUGUACGACAUAUUUAUCGCUCCGUUUUCACACUCGAUAGAGGGUGAUGAACUCGUUAUUGUCCCCGACCGUUCAUCGUUCUUUGUUCCGUAUGCUGCCCUUGUGGACCAAAAUUCCAGGUAUUUAUCUGAAACGCUUAGGAUUAGAUUGAUUGCAUCAUUGACAAGCUUAAGGCUGCUGGCAGAAUGUCCGGAGGGUCGCCAUAGUUCAUCCGGGGCUCUACUUGUUGGCAACCCGUGGGUGGAAACUGUACGUAUCAAAGGCUGCAGACCGUUUCCGCAGCUUCCAGGUGCUGAGGAAGAGGUAAAAAUGAUUGGACAGAUUCUAAACAUCGAGCCUCUCACUGGAAAGAACGCUACAAAAGAUCGGGUUUUAAGCGGGCUGAACUCAGUUUCGUUAGUGCACAUAGCAGCACAUGGUCGUACAGAAACUGGAGAAAUUAUUUUGUCUCCUAAUAUUCCUAGUGCCCAAAGACCUAAAGAGAAAGAUUUUCUUUUGACGAUGGCAGAUGUGUUGGAUGCAAAAGUGCACGCCAAGCUUGUUGUCUUGAGCUGCUGCAACAGUGGUCGAGGAAAGAUCAAAGUAGAAGGUGUGGUUGGGAUUGCACGUGCCUUUUUAGGAGCCGGUGCGCGUUCUGUUAUUGCGACACUGUGGGCGAUUGAUGACGAAGCCACUCUUACUUUUAUGACACACUUUUACGAAUAUUUAGUAGCAGGGCAAAGUGCAAGUAAGUCACUUCAUCAGGCCAUGAAAAGGAUGCGGGAGUCGGAAAAAUUCAAUGCCGUGAAGCACUGGGCGCCAUUCUUUCUGAUUGGUGAUGACGUGACAUUGAAUUUUGGCCAAUGA